AUGGACAAGAGGAAGAAAGGCUCUGCUGGGGAAUUGAGGCUCAUGGUGGUUGGUAGCAGUGGACCCUCUCAGUUCAUGCUUACCAACGCCAUACUCGGGAGGGAGGAGUUUUGUAAUGAUGUCACCAGCAUUUCUGGGAGCAUGAAGAACACUGGUGAGCUAGCUGGAAGACAAGUGGCAGUGAUAAAUGGACCAAACAUCUAUGCCAAGGAUAUGUUUCAGGCCAAGAGGAAGAUGGAGGUGAGGAGGUCCAAGUGCUUAUGCAUACCUGGCCCUCAUGCAUUUCUCGUUGCCUUUGACAUGGAAAAAAUUUCCCCGAAUGACAUGAGAACCUCCAGGUUGAUGAAGAAACGCUUUGGAAGGCAAUGCUUGAAACACUGCAUGGUUCUCCUGGCCUAUGAAGGGAAUGUGGAAAGAGAAGUCUUGGAACGCAGAGUGCAGAAGACUGACUGGCACCUGAGAGAACUGACUGAAAAAUACGGUGGACAAUUUCACAUUUUCAGCAAGAACUGGAAGGAUCGGAGUCAAGACAGAGAGCUUCUUCGGAAGAUAGAAAACAUGGUGGCCUUGUUAGGAGGUGGCUACUACUCUUGUAGGACUUUCCAGAAGGCUGAGGACUACGUGAAGAAAGAGGAAAAAAGGCUUAGGAAACAGAGGGCAGCAGAGGUAGAGAAGACAUGGUCAGACAUGGAUAAGAAAUAUGUAGCAGAAGAGCUGUACAAAAAGAAGGAUGCCUACUCUGCCAAUGUUGGUGCAGAUAUCAGAACAAGAGCUGAGUUAGACAAUGACUGGCUCAGAACUUCUUUAAUCAGAGGACUGGGGACAGGUUUAGUAGUUGGAGCUGGGAUGGGUGUGCUGGUUGGAUCAAUUGCAGGACCUGGGGGCAUGGUACUUUAUGGUGUCAUAGGUGGUGCAGUUGGAGGAUCAGCAGGGGGAACUGCUCAGGUGGCAAUAAAACAUAUGGAGAAUAGAGUUGCCCCACCCGCCAGACUAAACUUUAACUCAAUCUUCAUCAAUCGCUUCUUUGCUGCUCCUCGUACAUAACAGUGUGUUUGACCAAACAUUUUGUUAUGCUGGGAAAAGUUUGGACGUGACAUUCACAUGGAUGUUACUUAGACAUGUAUGACCGACCUAGACCAGACCAGGCACCCCCACCUCAAAGCAAUGACAC